GCCUUUCAGGAGUGUGACAAUUCCCCUUCUCCCCUCCCAGGCCAAGCACACGGAGCAGCACGAGGGUCGGCACUACAGCAUCCCCCUGGAGGAGGUGAAGGCCGUGUUCCCACAUGGGCUCCCCUACCGCUUCCAGCAGCAGAUCCAGACCUUCAACGAGGCCCGUGUGAUGGUGCGGAGACCGGCGCUCGAGCUCUUCUCCUACCUGAGGAGCACCAACUUCGCCCACCCCGCCGUCAGAUACGUCAUCUACGGUGAGAGGGGAACAGGGAAAACCAUGACCCUGUGCCACGUGGUUCACUACUGCUCCAGGCAAGGCUGGCUGGUGCUGCACAUCCCCGAUGCUCAUCUGUGGGUGAAGAACUGCAGGGAGCUCCUGCCCUCUUCCUACAAGAAGGAGCGGCUGGAUCAGCCUCUGCAGGCCUCAGCCUGGCUCAAGAACUUCAAAACCUCCAACGAGCGCUUCCUGGGAGAGAUAAAAACCCAAAGGAAAUACGUGUGGGGCAAACGGGAGAGCACCGAGGAGGGCAGACCUCUGGGGGAAGUGGUGGAGCAGGGCCUGGCCCGGGUCAGGACCGCCAGCGAUGCCGUGGGGGUGGUGCUGAGGGAGCUGAAGCAGCAGAGCCCCCGCGGCUCCUUCCGCCUGCUCGUGGCCGUGGACGGGGUCAACGCGCUCUGGGGCCGCACCACGCUCAGGAAGGAGGACAAGAGCCCUGUUUCUCCAGAGGAGCUGACCCUUGUGCACAACCUGAGGAAGAUGGUGAUGAACGACUGGAGUGGAGGUGCCGUUGUGACCACCCUCAGCCAGACCGGCUCGCUCUUCAAACCCAGCUCUGCUUACCUGCCCCAGGAGCUGCUGGGCAAGGAGGGCUUUGACGCCCUGGACCCCUUCGUGCCCAUCCUGGUGCCCAACUACAGCCCCCGGGAGUUCGAGAGCUGCUACGGGUACUACCUGGAGCGCAAGUGGCUGCAGCACGAGAAAGCUCGCACGGAGGACGGGAAGGCGGAGCUGCAGUUCCUGAGCGGCUCCAACCCUCGGCAGCUGGACCGGCUGGCGGGGCCCCUGUAGGGCAGGAAAGGAAAUCCGGGCUGUUCGACCCUCUCCUUGCCCCCCCAAAACCCGCCCAUCCCCUCCUGCUCCGCGGGUCAAAUCUCCCCUCCCGUUGGUUACCGCAAAAAUUUGAUAUUAAACAAGAGGAUUUUACAUCUUCCGUGUCCUGUGGCACCGAA